AUGCUGGCCGCGCUGGCCGAAGCUGACUCCGAUGAUGCUGCAGCAAUUUUUCCAGGCACCACUGUUCAAAUAUUUAGUUGCACGCAGCAUUUCUUUUAUUCUCUUUAUUUCCAUAUUUCAACAUGCCCACAGGCUCUUUGCGCCUUCCUCGCCUACAAACGUUUCCUCAUCGGUGCCGGUGAUGAGUUCACAUCAGCCUUUGAAACAGAUCCAGCGAACGUGGUGCAUCAGCAGGCAUACACCAGCUACUCCAUGGAUAAUGACAACGAUCAGUAUAGUACGUCACCGUUUAGUGGCCAACAACAACAACUAGGUAUGGAUCAGCAAGGCAUGGAAUAUCAACAGCCCACCUAUUAAAUAGUAUGAACGGCAAAUGCAUACAUACAUAUGUAUAUCAUCAGCAGUUUAGUAGGAUAUCAAAAUAUGAGCGAUUGCGUUCGGCAAUUGUUUGUCGACUAGGCUCUUACAUAAGAUCAUAAAAUUUGGCAUUUUGCGGGUGAAUUUUGAAAUGCGCUGUAAAAAAAAACGUUAAAAACUUUAACCGAAAACUAAAACAUGAACCGAAUACACCGAUAGCAAACAUAUAUACACUUAAAUACAUACAUAUGUAGACAAAUAUACACAUCUGAUGAAGCAAAGAAAUUAAAAAUAUGUACAUUUAUAUAACAAUUUCGAUGGCGCGUAGAAAUGGUUGGAAAAAACUGUAAAAUUGCCGUCACAAUGACGCAAAGUAAAUAUUUAGUUAAAAGUAGAGUUGAUUAAGAAAAGUAGUAGUUUGUUAUUUUCGAAGCUUGAUUUCUCUAUGAGACAUUACGCGCGAAAAAUAUACCUACAUAAAUAUGUACAUACAUAGGUAAUUACUAGGGCUGGAACUUCUAUCCGCAUUUUUUGAAUAUCCGGAUAAUCGAAUAUCUGAUUAAAAUAUCCAAACAAAAUGAAAAGAUAUUAACCAAAUAUCUGUGGAUGGCAAAAUUAGCGGUAUUAACCGUUAACCGGAUAACCGGUUUUUAUCCAUAAUCACGAAUAUCUGAACGGUUAUCCGGAUGCUUGAAUACAGAAAUAGUCUCAACCCCGGUAACUACGUACUGUUCCCAAUAGCUCAUUUUACCUAUGAUUUAGAGCGUUUUAUAAAAUAUUUUAUAAAAAAAUUAAUUAAAUAAAUAAUAAAUAAAAUAGAUAUGUAGGUACAUAAGUGCAAAAGUUUGUAAUUGUAAUUGCGUGCGAUUUUUAAGUGAAUUUUAUGUCGCAUUUAAAAAGUAAAUUGCUGUGCAUAAUUUAUGUGUAUGCAAAAACAAAAAAAAAAAAUGUAAAAUGCUUGGCUUCAACUUAAGAAAUGAAUGCUCAUUUAAGCGAACACUAACGAAAAUAUCCAACUGCCCAUGUCGAAAUUCUAAGCGCAUCACAAAUUGACAAGUUUUAACAAUUCAUUUCAUUCACAUUUAAUUUUAGAGAUUUUUUUUUUUAUAAAAAUA